UUCUAGAUGCAGAGAGGCUGGGAGGGCAAGAUGCGGGCGGCACUCUGCUUGCUGCUACUCGCUGCCUGCGUCUGUGCUGACGACAGCGAAGACAGGCAUUCCAAGCUCCCAUACGUCGCCGAUGCUGUGGGAAACACUCUACCUCCACCAUCAAAUCUGCCAGCAACAGUUGGCAGCCCAGUAAACUUGCUCACGCCUGACCGCUAUGAAUUUUACACUUUUGACGAGUCUGGGGAACUAGUCAAGAGACUGAUGACUUUGGAAGAAAUACAAGCCAUUGUUGCAGCAGGUGAAGAGACUGAAGGCUUAGUGACAUUUGCCAAUGACAACCAGCCUACUAUAGCCUUCAACUUUAGUCAACCACCAUAUACAAAAGUACACAGUGUCGUCACCAACGUUCAAAAUGUACUAAAAGCACAAAUGGAAGCUCACAAAAACAAACCCCUUACACAACCUACACUUGAUACACCUGAUGUUUCGGAUUCUUGGAGUCUGAUUUUACCUUCUAUUUUCGGGAACACAGGAGUCGACAUAGUCCCAGAUAAAACUUCAGGGGGCUUCACAACUCCUGAAACAGAGACUAUUGAAAUAGAUAGACCAGUGAACGAUAAUUUGUUAAGCAAAGAAGGUAAUACUCACAUUACUAGUAGUUCUAGCACUGCUAUAAAUGAACUGAAGGAAAUAUCCAUUACGGAAAAAAUAUCUACUACUGAAGAAGUCCGAACAAAUCCUAUUACGACCACUUCAACAACUAGUACGACUACUACUACUACAACUACACAAAAGCCAACAAUUGUAACAACAACUGCACCGAAAUCUACACAAAAACAGCCAAUUACCACAAUUACAGCCAAACCUUGGUCAUCUACAAGUGCGACGAAACAAACUAGUACAACUAAACCAACAAGUAAGCUAUCUACAACAGCAAGACCUCGCACUACAACUACGAAUCAACCUCGCUCCACUACUACUAUAAAACCACGUAUUACUACAUCUAUCAAACCAACCACUAAAGCUAAUAUAAGAACAACGGCAAAACCUACAGCAAUUACAAAGAAACAAGUAUUGACCACGCAGAAAAAUAAUGAACAAAAUUACACAAGAGUUCAAGUCCAAACACUUUCUAACACCAUUCCUACAACAGAAAAAAGCUCCAUUCAUUAUGAAAAAAUAAGUACUUUCAUUCCUAUUUCCACAGCAACUUAUAUCACAGAAAGGACGACAGUAAAAUCUGUUCCUGUGCAAACUACAAGAACAACGGUUGCAUCUACAACUAAAAGAGCUGUUUCAUCUACGACUAAAUCUCCACCUUCUUCUGCAUCUGUAAAGAUUCCGCCAACUGUUUCUACUACACGUAAGCCCUUCGUUAGUACUGUCGGGUAUGUUUCGUCAACACCGAAGACGGAUAACUUUGAGAAAUUAAAUGUAACUACAAUAACUACUCAAUCCAUAUUUCCGCCAACAAUAGUGUCAUCGACUGAGCAUAUUUCUUUAGCGCACCUUGAAGACAAGUCUACUACAGAAAAAAACAACAAUGAAUCUGAUCCACCAAUAUUUGACGUAGCUCAAAGUAUAAGUCAAAUAGCGUCAGAUCUUGGUAACUAUCGCCCAAAUCCAACUACAAGUGAUCUUCUAGAUACCACACGGUUUACUGAGAUGAACUUAGAAAGUAAAGAAAAUAUAGAGAUCGAUAUACCCACAGAUAGUGAAAAAGACACGGACAUAAAAACUUCCAGUACCACUGAAAAAAACACUGAUAAUUUUGUAAAGAUAUCUACAUUAGAACCACACCAAACUGAUCAAAGAGUCACAGAUGUAAAAGAAAUACCGAAAACGGAUAAUAUAAUUUCUUCUUCGACAACAGAAAAGAUGGUACUAUCUACUAGCGAGUCAAUAACCACCACAAUAGAUCCUGUUCUGUCAGAAUCAAUGGAUGAUUUAUUGUCCCAAAUAGUGAAUGAAGCUCCACAGAAUAUCAUGGAGACAGAGACAAGUACAGCAAUAGUGUAUAAAGAAACCUCUGAAACGACUAAAGAAAAACUGCAAAUAACAACUAAAACCCCAGAGAAUAAAACGGAGAAAAAUGAAAUUACUACUAAAGUUCCAUUAAAACUAGUCGAAGAGUCAACAAAGAUUUCAGAGCAGAAACCAGACCAAAAAAACGUUACAACCAAUAUCUUAGAUAACAACAUACCCGCAGUCGAUACUAGAAAGAAAGAAGAGAUCACUAUAAACAAAGAUCAUGCGAGUCUUAAAGAAGAAGAUAAAAGUGAACCUAAUAAAAAAGAACAACAAAACUAUAAUAAAGUAUCACUUGCACCCAGUAAAAAUAAUGAAAAGGUUAAGCCAACUACAACUAUCUCGAAUAACGAAAAAAUAGUAGAGGAAACCAAAGGUAACGAAAGCGACAUCAAAACAAUUAAAAAAGACAUACCGGAAAAGGAAACAAAGAAGCCAAAUUACGUAUCUAGCCAAGAUAAAGAUGCCAAAACAACCACCACUACACAGUCUCCAAAAUUGGUAUCGGCUACUGAGGAAACUUUAAUUGCUUCAAAAAAACCUGAUAACGUGUUAUCACAGCCAGCUAUUAAUAAAGUAGGUUCAAUUAUUAACGAAAAAGAAAAAAAUGUCGCAGAAGAACUAAUACCAAAAAUUGAUGAAUUCAAAAAGAAAAUUCAAAAGGUGAAUAUUGAUGAUAAGGAACUUGCAAAUGAACGAAAUAAUUCAUGGAAACUAAUCUCAACCGUUUCACCACCAAAAGCCAAUGAAAUUCCAAAAGAUAGACUAAAAACUGACAGCCAAGAUAACGCAAACGAUAAAGACAUUUUGUUAGAAUUUUCGAAAGAGAAUCAAGGUUUAGAGGUCACUACAAAAAAUUUGGGAGAAGAUAUUGCUCAAUUCACAGAGCUAUGUAAUGAGCUCGCUUUUAGAUACUGGCACACAAUGAUUGAAACUAUUGAUAAGAAGAGAAGUUUUGUAUUAUCACCUUAUUCUAUAACGUCUAUGUUGGCCAUGAUGUUCAUGGGAGCCAGAGGAGCAACGUCAGGAGAAAUGAACGAAAUACUGAAGCUAGACGACAUGGUUACUUUUAACCCACAUUUCACUUUGAAAAAUAUUUCUGACUCGAUAGAAACUACUUCAGAGUCUGGAAUUAUUGUGUCUGCUUUUAUUAGAGAACUUUUUAGUGACAGAAGCAGAGGAAAAAUUUUAACCUUUUAUAAAGAGCGAGCUCAGCACUUUUACAAUGGUCAUGUUGAAGAAGUAAACUUUAAAUUGAUAAGUGACAUUAUACGCCGAAGGACAAACUUGUUGGUUAAAAGGUACACAUGGGGUCGAAUUGUCGAGUACAUGAAAUCUAAUUCAAUCAUUAUGCAGCCACCAUUAGCAGCCUUUUCUGCAAAUAUUUUCCAGACUGACUGCUCGGGAUCGACGGUAGAAGGAAGGGAUGGAGAAAUGUACUUCGUGGUGUCGCCGAAUGUGCGACAACGGCGAUUGGUGCCUGUUCCUGCAGUGGUAUACCGAACCGGUUUUCUAGCUGGUUACGACCCAGCUCUCGAUGCUACUGCUGCGGCUCUAGGCAACUCAAAUUCAAUUAUAAGUACACUCUUUGUUAUGCCUGGUCAACAAGGAAAUAUAGUUCAUGCUGACGACUUAGAAGCUUUGGAGAAAAGACUUUUAGAUUCCAAUCCAACUACACCAGCCUGGAAUCGUCUACUGCGUACGUUACUUCCACGUAUCGGUUUAGAGUUGCAAAUUCCAAGAUUUUCACACAAAUCUAUCUUCAAUAUUUCAUCAACUUUGAAACAGAUGGGUCUCAAAGACUUAUUUGAUGCGGAUCAUGCUGACUUGGGUGGAUUGAAUGGCCCCUCUAAAGAUCUUCAUUUGUCAGAUAUGAUUCAGAUGACGACGUUUGUAACUUGCGGUGAAGGUAUCAUUGGGGAGCAACAUCACAUUGAAGAAUACCCAGAGAAUCUGGAAGAAAGACAAAAAAGGCGAACUUCGCGAUGGAUUAACGACUGGGAUGAGCCGAGGGAUUAUCAGCGAGCAUUUCACGAUCCACAUGACGUCGGCGAAGCCAUGCGAUUGCCACUGCAUCUGCGGCCAAGACAAGCUCGUCUACCGGCAAGGAAUGCUCAACCUGCUAGAUUAAAGUUUGAUCGUCCUUUCCUUUACUUCGUUAGGCACAAUCCUUCUGGCAUGAUAUUAUACGUUGGCCGAUACAAUCCCCGGCUCUUGCCUUGAAGGAAUUAAGAAAAGACUGUUAGUUUAGUAUAAAUUUACAAUCCUAAAAGGAAAGUGAUAAGGAAAUACUGGCGCGUGUGAUACACAAGUGUUGUUAAUCGAUGAGCAUUUACGUGACAGUAUUAUUUAUAAGCGUAUUGGUACGCAGUUUACCGACAGUACAAUUAAUAUAAUAGGGUCUGCGUGCCACCGUCUAAAUUCAUAUCAAGUGUGUAUCUAUAGGAGUGUUAUUGUUAUGUGUUAUAGAUAAUUUUUUUGCAUUAAAAAAGCCCAAAUAUUAUGUGAUAUCUUGAACAUGACUGAAAAGUCUGUUCUUGGUACAAUUAAAAACAAAUCAAUGUAUAAUUUUUGGGGUUUUUUAUGAGCGUAGCGAUCAUUCCAUAAUACGUAAAUUUUAAUUAGAAUAA